UACCACGUACAGUAGUGUAGUUGUUUGAGACCGAGCCCUACAGCCGAAGAUUACCGAACGUUUCCGAAUCUUUACGGAAUCCUAAAAGUCCCGUUUCCGCUUCAAGAUGGCGGCGUCGCGCAAGCCUCUGAUGCAUAGUCACCAGAGCUGGACAGAUGACCUGCCUCUGUGCCAGCUAUGUGGUGUGGGCACGGCCCCAAACUGUGUGUACAGCUCCGAUGGCAAAAGCACCCAGAUGCACCCUAAUGAGGACGGCCAUUUCCGCUUCACUACUGAUUCCUGUUUCCUGUACGGGGUGUUUAAUGGUUACGACGGCAGCCAAGUGGCCAAUUUUGUGUCUCAGUGUCUGACUGCAGAGCUUCUACUGGGUCAGCUCAACUCCAGCCACUCCGACGCAGACGUCCGUCGACUCCUCACACAGGCUUUUGAUGUAGUGGAGAAGAGUUACUUUGAAACCAUCGAUGACGCACUGGCAGAAAAAGCCAACCUUCAAGCGCAACUCCCAGAGGGGGUGAUGUUUCAUCAGCUGUCUCCUCAGAGUCAGAAGAUAGCAGAGAGGCUGAAAACUCUGGAGCAGGAGGUGUCUGGAGGAGCCACGGCUGUAGUCGCUCUCAUUCUCAACAACAAGCUGUACAUCGCUAAUGUGGGCACCAAUCGAGCUCUGCUGUGCAAGUACACCAGUGACCGUCAGAAUCAGGUGAUUCAGAUCGGACGAGCCCACACAGCCGAUAAUGAAGAUGAGCUGGCCAGACUGGCUCAGCUAGGCCUGGACCCAAAUCGGCUCAGACAGACGGGGAUGAUCGCAGGGCAGAGCAGUCUGAGGCGGAUCGGAGACUACAAGGUGAAAUUCAGCUACACAGAUAUCGAUGUCCUGAGUGCGGCUAAGAGUAAGCCAAUCAUCGCAGAGCCCGAGAUUCACGGCGGCCAGUCGCUGGAUGGAGUCACAGGCUUCCUGUUGCUGAUGUCAGAGGGGCUCAUUAAGGCCCUUGAGGCAGCCCAUGGACCUGAGCAGGUCAAUCAGGAGAUGGUUGCCAUGGUGUCGGCGGAGUUGGCCCAACAGGGCAACGUGGAGGCGGUGGCCCAGUCGGUGGUGGAGCGCGUGAAGCGGCUUCAUCAUGACGCCUACGCCAGACAGAGAGCAGUGCAGUGUUCACGCCACGAGGACAUGACCCUGCUCAUUCGCACCAUUAAUUACCCUCUAUCAGACGGCUCGCUUACUCCAACGCAAGGUGGACGUAUCUACCCGGUGUCUGUGCCCUAUUCGAACACCCAGAGCACCAGUAAGACAAGCGUGACCCUCUCUUUGGUCAUGCCAGCCCAGGGCACGCUCACCAACGGGACUAACACGGCUUCCACGCUUGAAGGAGGCACCCCCACGCCUGGGCAAAGUCCCACGGCUACACUGCAGUCCACAAACACACACACGCAGAGCUCCAGCUCCAGCUCGGGCGACGGCAGCCUCUUCAGACAGCGCGCGAGCCAGGCGGCACAGCCAGACGAGACGGGCCGCGUGCCGCCCUACGUCGACUUCACCCAGUUCUAUCAGAUGUGGGGCACGGAGCACAGCGAGGGAACGAGAGGUCCUGGACCUCAGUGAGGGCUCGAGAGAGGACAAAUCGAGAAUGAGGCAGCUUCCAGCAGUACUGACAUGUACAAUGGAUUGUAAUGGCAUGCGUUUACACCGAGUGCCAAUUUGCUGCCUUCUGUAAGGACUUUAUUAAGGCCAAAGUGUUUAAUAGCCUCAUUCUCCAGGUAAUAGCCCGGAUUCGCAGUGUCUGCCUAUUCCAUUUGGGGCAGGAGCAUUGUUCAAUUACAGGUCAGUUUUCAUUGGGCGAAUAAAUGCAAAUUAUUAUUAUUAUUAUUAUUAUUAUUAUUAAUGCUCUGAUAUGGCUUUUUUAUAUUAUAGCUUAUCCCUGCUGAUCAGAGCCAAUCAGAUCAAAUUUCAUAAAAGAUCCUCAUGAUACUGUUGAAGUUAUAGAGAAUAUUAGGAAAUGUAUCAUGUGACUACCAGGGAAAUGACACAGCAUUUUAAAAUCAUGGUCAGGGUGAGUCAUAAACCACAUAAAUUAGUGGAGCAAUAUGGCAACGAUAUCACACCAUGAUUCUUAGUUCUUACUCUCACAUUGUAAAUGAAAGCAAUAUGGCAGUUUUACAAUAAAAAUUUAGAUUUUUUUAAGUAAAAGUAUCAUAAAAGUAAAGAUGGAACAUAUCGCUCUGGUACUGGGGUUAACAGUGGAAUUACUCCAUGUCAUACUCCAUGUUAUAUACACAAUACUUUGAGAAAGUGUAUUGUAACCUAUUUCAUUGCAAUGGCGAUAUAUUGUUGCGUCGCCCAGCUCAGAAUUGUGACACAUGGACACUGCUCUUUGAGCUGCUUUGUUUUACGCUGUAUCGGUUAAAGCCGUAGUCCUGAUGCUGGAAAUCUGCAUGCUAAUAUCACACACUGAGUUGCGUUCUUUGACCGAAGAACUAGUAGAACUAGUAGCUGGCGAUCCAAAUGGGAUUUUUCUUUCUUUUUUUUUUUUUUUUAAAUAAAGCAUGCAGUCAGGCCUCAACACUCCUCUCUCUCUGCAGAUAUCAAGGGACCCAUAUUCCAGCAUUUGGAUCAGCCGACAUGCUAUUACCAGUCUAACGAGACUGAUAUUAUGGAAAAUCAAUUUGUCAUCAAGUAAUUAUGAUGAUAUUGUCGUUUUGUGGAAGGCUGAAUGUCAGUGAGGUACUGGAGGGCAUUUCCAAAAGUGUCGUUACUGAACACACUUAUUACAAUACUUUUCUUUUUUUUAUAACAAGUGUUAUGUCUGAUACACCACAUUAAUCCCUCCCUCCCUCCCUCUUUUCCCUCCUUUCGUCAUUAAAGUCAGGUUUACAGGACAGUGUGAAUGAGUGCACAAUGGAGAGAUAUUUACUGUACACUUUUGACGAAGGGGGAUAUGUUUGUUUCUCCACCAUUUGUGUUUAUAUUAUGUUUUGGUUGUACUUUAUUGUAUAGUGUUGCAAAUACUUUGUAUUUAAUAGGUUAGUACAUGGUGAUAUUCAAGAUUGAACUGCAUAGUAACUUAUAUUUAAAUGGUUUGUUCAGCAGUACUCUGCAUUAUAGUGCAAUAAUAUGUCAUUCUUACAAGUAAUAAUUUGAGUACAAUGUAUCCCAUGGGGAAAAAAUACUAAACAGUAUUGAACGCUAUAUGAAUAGUCUUUUUCCAUUCUUCAACCGUCCAGUUUCAGUGAGCCUGUGCCCACUGUAGCCUCACAUUCCUGUUAUUGACUGACAAAAGUGGAACCUGAUGUGGUCAUCUGCUGUUGUAGCCCAUCCUCCUCAAGGUCCGGCAUGUUCCGAGAUGCUUUUCUGCUCACCACGGGUGUAAAGAGUGCUUAUUUGAGUUACCAUAGAUUUCCUGUCAGCUCAAACAAGUCUGGCAAUUCUCCUUUUACCUCUCUCAUUAACAAGGCGUUUGUGCUCAUAGAACUUGGUGUUUUUUGUUUUUCGCACCGUUCUGUGUAAACUCUAGAGACUGUGGUGUGUGGAAAAUCCUAGGAGAUCAGCGGUUUCUGAACUGGUUCCAACAAUCAUGCCACACUUAAAGUCACUGAGAUCACAUUUUCCCCAUCCUGACGUCUGAUGUGAACAUUAACUGAAGCUCUUGACUUGCAUAAGUGGCUGAUGAUUGUAGUCUGUAUUUUUAACAUGCACUUAUACAUAUAUUCAGCUUAAAGCGUACGCAUCAGGUAUUGCCUGUAAGUGCAACUAAAUCUACUCAGCUCUGAUAAUCAUUGUACUGUGACUUAAAGUACUGCUGUACAAACGUGACAGUUUUGUAUGGACUUUAGAAUCUACUCUAAAAGUACUUUCAAAAGUUCACUUUAAAUGUAUGCAUAUAAUAUACACCAGUAACUAUAUUUAACUAUCACAUACUCACCUAUUAAAUACAAGGGUUGUAGCAUACUGUAAAAUAAAGUGCUAUGUUUUUGUUUGUGUGUGUGUCAUGUCUGUAUAACUGAGUUUCUAGUGCCUUGCUGAAAUAAACUUUAAAAGUGA